AAAAGAAGGAUCUGAACUAUCAGGCUUGGACCGGCAGAGCGCCAUUUGACGUUUGUUUGUUCGAUCAUAUUUGACAGGAGUAUGACAGGUACAGAACAAGUUGGAUAUGAUGAUAUGAUACUGUAUGAUAUGAUCUCAGAGCACAUCGCCUUUGCGAUCCUGAACAGAGUCCUGCCCCCAAUCUUGGACGUACUCAACACGGUGGUGGUUGUGGUGGUGGCAGUGCUAUGGCGGCUAUGCCUUUUGGGAGCCCCUGCCGCGAAGGGUCAGUAGAAUUCAACAGAAUCAAUGUAGACAAAUCAUUGAAGGGCUGGUGUACCGAGCAUGACUUUCGCUCACAAGUAAGCACCUGGAAGUUAGAAAUGCUGAAUCAGUUUUGGGACAGCUCCCAAUAUGUGGCCAUACCCGCAUCGACACCGCAGUUUCAGAUAUUUGGAUUGAGUCAUCUCUUUUGGUACAGGUGCGUGUGGAGAUGAGACAUGGCCUGGCGUUUCUUCCAUACUUCAUGGCGUUGGUUUUACUUAUGCCACUGGUGUGCCUUUGCCAGACAAGAGCUUAUAUAAUAACACUGCCUGCGCACUGCAGACUCAGAGUUGUCAAUUGCUUUCAAGCAUUGCUAAAUUUGUGUUUGCUUCCCUGGAUGAUAGUACAAUGGCAACAUGCACAUGUCCCAGGUUUAUGUGAUUGGUUAUGUGAAUUUAUUCAAUUCAUCUCCAUACCGUAGUCAGCCCUUUGAAUUCCUGAAUGUGAUCUCUUCACUGUCUCCGAAAGAGGCUUAUUUAAACAUUGCCUCUCAAAGAGCCUAUGGAAUUGGGGACAUAUGUGGAUGGGCCCCUGGAAUUUGUUGACUUUGAUCGUCUCGUUGCAGAACUUGUUGCACAACGAGAGAUUCCUUUUGCCGGGUGAAGCGGCAUGUUUUUAUAAUUUAUAUGUUUCCUUAUGACACCUAUAAACAGACUCAGAAUCAACUGGAAUUUGUGUCAACAUAUGUUGUGAGGAUGACCUGACCCUACUACAAAUUUGGCUAACAAAUUGGAGUAUGCAGUAUGCACUAAUUUGAUUGCCUUUUUUUUGCAACGAGCCACUGCCAGAUUGCUCAGGUGUCACAGUAACAUUCUCAGCCUUUGCACGGUUUGAGCACUUUCUCCAACUGAGUCAGGAAGUUGCGUUUGUGGCACAUUGAUCGGGAGUGGAAGAAGAAACAUAUAAUACACAGAGAUAUCAUAUCAUUUAUAUUCCUGCUUCGCACUGUAGCUGGUCAUUAGUUGUCUUUCUGCCCAGGUUUCAUUCGUCGUGGCUGGAGCAGAAGAGCCUACAGGUGAGCUUGCUGCGAGUGCCCUGGGAACUCAUGGAAUCGGCCCUCAAGAAAGCAAUCUCCAAGCCUCUCAUGAGGACAUGAACUGACUGUCUGAAUGCUGCUCCCUUGCUCGGCAGUGGUCGCACACUUCUUCCUCCGCGACUCCGAGACCAAAGCUUGGAUUGGCUGGGUGUGGCUGGCUCUUCUUCAAGCAGGGCGUAUUCUCAAUGCUGAGCCCAGACCGGGAUCUGAGAUCCACCUGUUGGACCUGUACAUAUGGUCUGGAUUUAUCUACUUUGUGCCAUUAGCCUAUCAGGCAAAGAUUGGGAAAGCCAUAGCUCAGCUUUGGCUUCUGUGGGCCGUCCCUGUUGCCUUGUUGGUCGGAUUGCCCGGGGCGGAGCCACCAUUUCCUGCCCAGUAUCCUUCGCCUGAGGUGAUGAAAAGAGCCAGGUUCUAUUUUGUAGAGUCUGUCUUCAUCCUGGCUUUUGUGACCAUUCCAUCUGCUGGAAAGCAGCACACUCUCGUCAUCCCGCAGUCUGCUGGACCGACAUUGGACUGCCUGAAUUAUUUGAGUUUGGCAGCCUUUUGCUCACACAAGGCUAUCAUCGACGUGGUCCAACAUACCUGGAGAUGACCGGCAUGACGAGGAACAGAAGGCUGUCAAACCGACUCCUUCCACAAUCCUGCGCUUUCCAAAGUGACUACUAGUGACGACAAUAGUGACUGUUUCACGGUGUGAUGAAACUCGGAGAGACCA